AUCAUGCUAGGGCCUUUUUCUUUAGCAAAUAUCGUAGGGCCUUCUCUGGCAGAUGCUUUGGGAAGGCCAAGAGCCAACAGCCACUGACCUAGUCAAUAGUGGAGUACCAACUCCGUGUCUUUAAAACCAGAGGUUUUCUCAUGUGUUGUCAUGGGCAGAACCUGGAAGAAAUAAGGUGCAGCGCCUCAUAGUGUACCCCCACCACCACCAACGCUACACUCACAAGCUAACCUCACCAUUUCAGGAAGCAUAUGAGCAGCGAAAGCUUGGGCAAGAACUCCAAGAUCAUGGGUGGCCGUGAAAGAAAAGAAGUUAAUAGCACCGCAAAGCAUUUUGUUGAUUUCACAGAAGCAGAGGAAGAUCUUGUUUUCAGAAUGCACAGGCUUGUCGGGAACAGGUGGGAACUUAUAGCUGGAAGAAUCCCCGGAAGAACAGCAGAAGAAGUAGAGAUGUUCUGGGCAAAAAGGCACCAGGACCAAUGAAAAUGAAAACAGGAUGCAUGCAGUAAAACUAGAUUGACAUAUAGGAUGCACAUGUCCAUCAAAAACCUGUGUUGAUCUUACUCGUCCUAUCUUCUCAGCCAUGCUAAAAGCAACUUGUUCUGUACCAAGCAUGGAUGUACAUAAGAAAACCUCAAGAAAAAGGAGGAACAUGUGCUAAAUAAACAAAAAUAUGAAUUCGCUUU